UUUAACGUAUAGUAAUAUUUCAAUGUAUAACAAAUAACCAGUCUCAGUUGAGCGGCGGCGGUAACGGCGGAACGGCGGCGUCAUCAGCAAGCAGGCAACCAAUUCCCCGCAGCUAUAUCCACUCUCCAGAGAAUACAUGUCAGCAUUGUCAUUUCACUAUUGGACUUGAUUAUCCUUUCAUGGGAUAUUAUUCUACAACUAUAAACUGUUUCAUCAAAGGAACGUUCCCAUGUACCUCAACAAGCUGUUUCGUGCUAGAAACAUUUUUAACUGCCUGAAGUUUCCGGUUCGUCACUUUGCCAGUCAGUCAGACAACAAUAAAAUUUCCAUUUACUUUAGAAGAGCAAAGCUCAUUGAUUCAAUUCGGCUUGCUCUCAGGUCCAGUGAAACAUCAAGUUCUUUUACGUCUCUCUUGAAUGAUCCUUCUCUAGAUUCAUUUGUGGUAUCUAAUGCACUUGUUUCUGCUCCUUCUAUAACUUCUGUUACGUCCUUCGUUGAAUCACUGAAGUCUAUACCUCAGUUCUCUCAUACUCAACACACGCUUUAUGUACUGGCCAAAGUUCUUGCAAAGUUUAAACAAACUGCAAAGCUUAAGGCACUCAUCAAUGGCAUCAAUUCUGGAAAAUUCCCAAAAGUGGCACCUAUCAGUUAUAUGGAUCUGUUGAGAUGGUAUUCCACUGCUGGAGAUUUUGACUCCUUUCUUGCUACUUGGGACGAGAUGAGAUAUUCAAGAAAACAACCCUCUCUUGAAGCUUAUAACAUUGUAAUGCGCAUUUAUGCGCAGAGAGGUAUGAAUUGUGAGGCAGUGGAGAUCCUCCACAUGAUGAUUGGUGAAGGAGUUGUUCCGAACUCAAGAACAUACACCGUCAUGAUUGAGCAACUUAUCAGCAAUGGGAAAUUAGAAUUGGCGAUGAAUAUUUUUUCACUAUUGCCUGAGAUGCAUGUUAACCGUACUUUACUGCAGUAUUCAUUAUUGAUAGGGGCAUUCACAUCUGCUAAUCAAUUUGACACAGUCAAGAGUCUACUCAGUAAUAUGCAAAUGGAUGGAAUGGUGCCAAGUGUAUCUAUUCGAGAAUCACUACACCAAAUGCAAGAAGCUGGGUUUUUCAUGGAGACAGCUAAUUUUGUUCAGGAAAUGCUGCCAGAUGAUAGGAUAAAGAAUAUAAGUCUUCUUGAGGAUGAUGAUGAUGAUGAUAAUGAAGUUAUGCUUAAACCAUGGCUGGAUCCUGCUGCAUUGGCAAAUGCCUUGCGUUAUUGGGGGCCAGAAGAGGUUUCAAAACUGGAAGAUGCUAAAGUUAUUUGGACAAGUAGAUUGGUUUGCAAGAUGAUCAGGAAUCUACAUCCGAUUGAAACUGCUUGGAAGUUCUUUUGCUGGGUUUCUCAGCAACCAGGUUUUUCUCACAAUUCUUGCACGAUUUCAAAAAUGGUCACCAUUUUAGCUCGCCAUGGGCAUACUGACUUAGUCUCUGAGCUCCUAUCUAAAGUUAAGAGUGAAGGGAUUAAACUUCCUUUUGGUCAAGUGAGAACGAUAAUUAACUACUACAGCGUGUCUCGUAAUGGUGAAGCCGCUUUAAAGGUAUUUCACGAUGUUAACAAGCUAUGUGGUCCUGUUCCCAAGAAUUAUUUAUCGCUUUUAUAUAGCACUCUCUUGCUCACACUGGCUAAGUCCAAGAUGACUAGUGAUGCCUUGGAUGUACUGGAUGACAUGAUUCUGUCUGGAAUAAUUCCUAAGAUCGAGACUUUCUCUGGACUGAUGCAUUGUUUUGCUCAUCAGGGAGAUAUUAGAGCAGUUCAAAGAAUCUUCAGCAUGGCUAAGCAGAGUGGUGUGGAGCCUGAUGCUUAUAUGCUCAAGCUGCUUAUUUCUUUCUACUGCAAGUCUAAUAGAGCUAUUCUUGCAUUCAGAGUAUUCGAGGAGAUGAGGAAUGAUGAUAAUUUAAUGAUGCCUGACUUUGCUACAAAACAGUUGCUUGUGAAGAGUCUUUGGAAGGAAAGCAAAUUUAGAGAAGCAGCUUUCGUGGAAGAUAAAACACAAGGGAUGAACAAUGACCCUUCCUUGGUUUCCCGCAGUUCCUUGUUUAAAACAAAGUUUUUGCAUCUUAAAACAGUGUAUGAUAUAUAUUCCAGUGCCUUUAUGAGAACAAAUUCGGAGGAUGCUGAAUAGAUAUUGUCAAAAGGAAGAAAUGAAAGUCAACUCUUGGAAUCUUUUGUCAUGAGUUGCAGCUGAAAUCAGUACAAGGACUAAGUUUUCAAUUGAAUUGAAGUCUUUGAUGUUAAAUACUGAAUUUUAAGUGUCGAAAUAGUAAAGUACCUGAA